CCGCCGCUGCCGCUGCUGCGCCCGGCCAUGUCGAUGCUGCCGUCGUUUGGCUUCACGCAGGAGCAGGUCGCCUGCGUCUGCGAGGUGCUGCAGCAAGGGGGGAACCUGGAGAGGUUGGGCCGGUUCCUCUGGUCGCUGCCGGCCUGCGACCACCUGCACAAGAACGAGAGCGUCCUGAAGGCCAAGGCGGUGGUGGCCUUCCACCGCGGCAACUUCCGAGAGCUCUACAAGAUCCUGGAGAGCCACCAGUUCUCCCCCCACAACCACCCGAAGCUGCAGCAGCUCUGGCUGAAGGCUCACUACGUGGAAGCAGAAAAACUGCGGGGCAGACCUUUGGGCGCCGUCGGCAAAUACCGCGUCCGCCGAAAAUUCCCUUUGCCCCGCACCAUUUGGGACGGCGAGGAAACCAGUUACUGCUUCAAGGAGAAAUCCCGGGGCGUGCUGCGGGAAUGGUACGCCCACAACCCUUACCCGUCCCCCCGGGAGAAGCGGGAGCUGGCGGAAGCCACCGGGCUCACCACCACCCAGGUCAGCAACUGGUUCAAGAACCGGCGACAGCGGGACCGAGCGGCGGAGGCGAAGGAAAG